UGGGUGUGUGAAUGAACUUUGGGUAAGAUACGGUGCCGCUUUUCAGUAACCAAGGGUACGAAGGUCGUGUAAGCGUUUGUUUAAAUAACACUCAUAAGCACUGCGGACCAAACCAUUUACUUAGACAGCAAUCUGUCUGAAAUCGGAACUUGAGUCAAGUAUCUAGAGUGGUUCCUCGGAUCUCCACAAUGAACUUCUUUCUGGAGACGCUGCGGGUGUUAGUCCUGUCCAUAUAUUUCAGCUUGGAGGCAUUUGUGAAAUUGUUCAUCCCCAGUAGAAAGAAAAGUGUGGCCGGAGAGACGGUGUUAAUCACAGGUGCCGGCAGCGGCAUCGGCAGGCUGAUGGCUCUGGAGUUUUCCACCAUGGGCGUCACGUUGGUGCUCUGGGACAUCAACGAGGAAGGCAUCAAAGAGACAGGCCGGCUGGUGAAGGAAAGGGGUGCUACCGACGUUUACACAUACGUCUGUGACUGCAGCAAGCGGGAUGAGGUCUACAAAGUUGCUGAUCAGGUCAAAAGAGAAGUUGGUGAUGUCACUAUCCUCAUAAACAAUGCUGGCAUUGUUACUGGGAAAAAGUUCAUGGAUGCGCCAGAUGGCCUGGUGGAGAAAACGAUGGAAGUUAAUACAAUGGCGCACUUCUGGACUUAUAAGUCAUUCCUCCCAGCAAUGAUUGCGAGAAACCAUGGGCAUCUUGUCAGCGUUGCCAGUUCUGCCGGGCUCAUUGGCGUUAAUGGACUAGCAGAUUACUGUGCCAGCAAAUUUGCUGCCAUCGGCUUUGCUGAGUCUGUGGGUCUGGAAUUGUUAGACAUAGGGAAGGAUGGGAUUAAAACCACAAUCGUGUGCCCAUUUUUUAUCAACACUGGGAUGUUUGAAGGAUGCAAUACUAAGUGGCCUCGUAUGAUUCCAAUUUUGGAGCCGCACUAUGUGGCAAAAAAAGUUGUGAAUGCCAUCCAGACAAACCAAGUGUACCUCCUGCUUCCCAAGAGCAUGUACUUCAUAAUGGGCUUGAAAAACAUUUUGCCGACAAAGCUUGGAUUGCUUCUGGGAGACUAUCUUGGCGCUUUUCACUUCAUGGAUGCAUUUAAAGGCCGCAUUAAGAAGGAUUAAAGCUCUGUAGAAGGAUGCUUUUAGAGAAGCUAUGUUUCUUAUUUUACACACUGCAUCAAAUUUUUAAUUACAUUUUGUUGAAAAUCUAUUGACAUUAGGUUGGAUUUAUGUUUUGCUUAAUUUGAAUGUGUUAGCACUUUGCAGAACAGUCGUGCAUAUGUGUAGUUGUUCUGUGCUAUCACUGAAAUGAUAUCUGUUAUAUGCUAUGACCAAUGGUGCAUUAUGAUGCAUUAUCCUGAGAGUAAUGUAAAGGUAAUUUACAUUUUAAAUCAGUUUUAACUUCCUUUUUAUGUUGAACUCAGUGGAUAAGGAUAUUUUUUACUGGCCAGAAUUCAGACUCCAUUUCAAAUGAUAUAGCUCUUGAAAUAAUGUGUAGACUUGAAAUGAUAAACUACAGACCAAUAUUACACAUUUUACUUGAUUUGAAAUGUUUUAUUUCAUUAAGACCCUCAUGGGCCUUGAUUUAAUUCAUCAGUAUAUUGGCUAAAUGUAUUUGUUGGUGUACACUUCUUAAAAUAGUUGGAAAUGUCAUUUAAUCAAUGUGUGUCCCUUUUGGGUGCAUGAUCAAUUUCUACUUGCCCAUGAAGAUCCUGUUUUCAAAAUGUUUAAUUCCUUGCAGAAUUAGCACCUCUGGAAUUCAGGUAGUUUUUUUUAAGAUACAAUUUUACUGUUUUCUCAUCUGUUUGUUUGUUUUGGGGGUUUUUGUGUGUCAUCUGGAUAUUCCGUUACCCAAUGAAGAAUACUUGCCGCAGAAUAUUUUCCUCAGUGAAGGUCUCCAUUUUUUUGGUGAAUGAUACCCAUUAAUUGACGUGAGAAAAGCCUUGCUGGGCACAUUGAUUUAUGUAAAGUUAUAUUUUCAUGAUCUGAACUACUGUUGCUGAAUGAUGUAACAUCACCUGUAACAUGCACCAUACAUAUAUUUGAAGUGCAACUAUAGUCAUUUCAGGCUGCUGCAUUUCUGUAUGUUUGUGAACCUCAGCUGCAGUUGAUUUGUUGUAAUGUUACUGCAUUACUGCAUUGACAUUCUGUAUGUAAGCAAAAAAAAAAAAAAAAAAAUAGGUUGCCCUGUAAUAUUCUAUGCAACUCUUUUAUGCAAAGCUAGAAUUAUCAUAAAUACCCCCUAACAUGUUCAAGUCAUUUUUAAGCAUGGGCAAGCCGUGUUCAACAAUAUUUACUGAACAUAGUUAAUACCUGAAGCAUAGUGAAGGCAUGCUUUCCGUAUUUCAUAAAAUGUCAUUGUAUUUAACCACUUGAUCUUAACAUUACCAUUUAUGCCUUAAAUGAAGGAAUUUGUUGAAGGUUGGUGCAUGUAAAAUGGCUGAUGAAGUCCUCUGUGUGUAAUGGGAUUCACGACACUAAUGUCUG